CUCCCAGCCGAGAACCUCCGGGCCGUUGCCCGGUGAGGAGUUCCCCGAAACCCGGCCGCUGAGCGAGGCCUCCUCCUCCAGCAGAUCGGAACAGCCUGGGCGGGGUCACCCGGGCUGAGACGAGAAGCCGCCGCCUGCUUGACUGCCGCGGGUCCCGGGGGCGGGGGGGCUGGGGCCGGAGGCGGAGUGUGAGUGGGUGUGUGCGGGGGGCGGAGGCGUGAUGCAAUCCCGAUAAGAAAUGCUGGGGUGUCUUGGGCUCCUACGCGGGCCCCGCGAGGCGCUAUAUAAGACUGCGGGUCCGGGGCUGCCGCGCCGUCGGAGCAGGAGUGCUGCGUCCAGGAUCGCGGGCCACGGCCAUCCCGACCCGGCACUCACAGCCACGCAGCGCAUCCCGGUCGCCUCCCUGCCUCCCUGCCUCCCGCACCCCCGUCGCCGGAGCUGCGCCUAGUGCUCCAGGGAGGUGCCAUGCGGAGCGGGUGUGUGGUGGUCCACGCCUGGAUCCUGGCUGGCCUCUGGCUGGCUGUGGUCGGGCGCCCCCUCGCCUUCUCCGAUGCGGGGCCGCAUGUGCAUUACGGCUGGGGCGACCCCAUUCGCCUGCGGCACCUGUACACCUCCAGCCCCCACGGCCUCUCCAGCUGCUUCCUGCGCAUCCGCAGCGACGGCGUCGUGGACUGCGCGCGGGGCCAGAGCGCGCACAGUUUGCUGGAGAUCAAGGCAGUCGCUCUAAGGACCGUGGCCAUCAAGGGCGUGCACAGCUCGCGGUACCUCUGCAUGGGCGCCGACGGCAGGCUGCAGGGGCUGUUCCAGUACUCGGAGGAAGACUGUGCUUUCGAGGAGGAGAUCCGCCCCGACGGCUACAAUGUGUACCUAUCCGAGAAGCACCGCCUCCCGGUCUCCCUGAGCAGCGCCAAACAGCGGCAGCUGUACAAGAAACGAGGCUUUCUUCCGCUGUCCCAUUUCCUGCCCAUGCUGCCCAGAGCCCCAGAGGAGCCUGAUGACCUCAGGGGCCACUUGGAAUCUGACGUGUUCUCUUCACCCCUGGAGACUGAUAGCAUGGACCCAUUUGGGCUUGUCACGGGACUGGAGGCGGUGAACAGUCCCAGCUUUGAGAAGUAACUCAGGCCAGGCCUGGGCCUCCUCACUGCGCCUGGGGGCUGUGGAACCGGCAGAGUGGGGGCUGUGCGUCUACAAGAACCGUCCUGAGUCCGCGCUCUGUUCAGCUUUAGGAAGAAACAUCUAGAAGGUGUAUAUAUGCAGAGUUAUCCAUUGGCCAUGCCAGUUUCUAGCUGAUAGCCUUGGCUGAGCAUAACAUUGGAAGCCUGACGCCUGCCCAGCUUCCCAUCCCACUCCCCCGAGGUUGCCGGACGAGGCUUGAACGCCUGCACCGAUCGGGAACUUACUUCCUUUGGAAACAUUCCUAUGUUGAGCUGAAAUUCUCUAAUUUUUUUCUCAUCACUUCCCCAGGAGCAGCCAGGAGACAGGCAGUGGUUUUAAUUUCAGGAACAGGCGAUCAGCUCCGUAAAACAGCAGGUAAAUCUGCCACAUCUCACCUGGGA